AUGCCGACCCUGCUUCCGGUCGCUGCUGAGACCUUCAAUCAGCCUCCUAUCCUCCAAGACUUGCCAGACAUCGACUUGAUCCGGGUUUACAAUACAUACUACUACUCCGCCUCAACCUUCCACUACUCCCCCGGCGCCCCUAUUUUGCGCUCCGAUGACCUAGUCAAUUGGGAGUACCUCGCUCAUUCUCUCCCAUCCCUCGAUUUCAACGACCCAAAAUUCAACUUGACAAAAGGAAGGGCAUACAACGGUGGAGUGUACGCUUCUUCGCUUCGAUACCACAAGACGCAGAAGAAGUUCUAUUGGUUGGGAUGUAUUCAGAAGAAUGGAAAGACCUACGUUUACACGGCGCCGAAGAUUGAGGGGCCGUGGACGAAAGCGUCGACUAUUUCAGAUUAUUGCUUGUACGACGCUGGUCUUCUCAUCGAUGAUGACGAUGCCAUCUACGUCUCAUCUGGGCAGUGGACGCCCAAUGGUGCUGAGUCUCAGACGUGGAUCUCAAAACUCGAUGAAAACUUGCAAGUUGAAAAGCAAAAGUCUGUCUUCAAGUCCAACAAAGAGCUUGCCUACAUCGAAGGCUCUCGGUUCUAUAAGAUCAACGGUACUUACUUCCUUUGGCUGACGAACCCUGGAGUUGGCAGAGGUCAAAUCAUUGUCAAAUCCAGCUGUGAUGUUUGGGGGCCCUGUGACUCGUGGCAUCGCGUACUCAAGAAUAACGGAAAACAUAUUGAGGGUAGCGGAUCUCCUCAUCAAGGUGCCUUUGUAGAGACACCUGAAGGGGAUUACUGGCACGUGGCUUUCGUGGAGCUCGGAACAAGCGGAAAGUUCCCUGUCCUCGCACCCCUGAAGUGGGAUGAGGAGGGCUGGCCUAACGUUGAGCUGGACACUGCUAUCACUAAUGACUUGUUCUCCGCCCAAAAUACACUUAUACACCAUAUCCUUGGCCCGCAGUCCAUCGUCAUCAUUGAUCUUGACUACUUCUCCAUGGUAGACGGGGACCGCGCUGGAUUGGUGUCGCUAAGAUAUGAUGCAGGCUGGAUCGGUAUCGCUAAAGACGGUGACUCAACAACCAUUCAGAUGGUUGACAAUGCAGCAAUGGACCCUGAAAGCAACUUCGUCACUGCCUCGAAAGGAACGAUCAUCACAAGCAAGCCUAUGUCUGGCGGCAAGAUCUGGCUGCGCUGUCAAAUCUCAACAGCUUCUCCAAAUCAUUCAUCAUUAUUGUAUAGCACAGAUGGAAAGACCUUUGUGAAGUUUGGACAGGAACAUGUUACGAAGCAGGGAGGGGCUUGGUUCACUGGUACUCGACAUGGUAUCUUUAACUUUGCGACCAAGAAGAGCGGAGGGCAUGUUGUCGUCAAGGCAUUUGGCAUUCGUCUUAGCUAG